GUUGAAUAACUUUUCGAAUUUGUGUAAAAUACAGCGAAAAGUGAAACCCGCGCAAACACGUAACGGACAUCUCACGCGUUAACAACGAGGAAGGAAACAAUCUCGAAUAUGUGUUCUAAUCUUCUGGCGCCUUGUCCUGUACUCCAAUUAAAAAAGCCCCGGUUAUUACUUCCAGCUUUCUCUCCCGCGGGGAUACACACAAAAUUCCGACGGACACGCGCAUUCUUCCUGAGCUCUCCCAUAGAUAUAUACUACGAACGAAAUCGAGCGGAAAAAGGGAGGAGCGCGUGCUUUCUUCGUUUAAUUGUCAUUCAAGCGGCGCGACCGCGCGCACGUAGGUCCAUUCAUUUCGCUCUCGCGCAUACAGUCAACUCUUGUCUCGGACUCCAGAUCUCGGACUCUCCGAAUAAAUCUACAUCGUCAGCGCGAAGGAUCGGCAUUUUCCUUUCCUUUGUUUUCCCGCGAGCGCGAAAGCAGCUUUUUCACUUUUGCUUUUUACCAUAUAUACCCGCACGCAGCGUCGCGGCCUGCCGGACAAGUCUAUGUAAAUAGGUAUACUCGCUGCGCACCUGCUCGUGCAUUCGAAGUUAUAUACAUUGCGCGGAAUCUCGCGGGUGAAAAUUCCAUUUGAAUUUCAAAGCCCGCUGCUACACACGGACGCGGCUCUCAUAUCUUUGAAAACGCCGGGGGCCGCGAAUCGCAAAUGAGCCGUUAUAUUAGGAUUCCGUCGAUCCGCGCGCGGGAGAUUAGAAAAUCAGAGUAUACGACGUUAGGGGACCGAUCGUGCGGUGAAUUUGUGGGCUGUAAUGCGAGAGCGAUUUUAGAGAAGAAGAAAAAAGCGGAGUGCACAGCUACCGUUUCUCUUUUUCGCCGAUGCGAGAAAUUGUUUUCUCACCCGCGUGCGCGCGCCGAGUUUUUCGUUUUUUUGUUUACCUCGUGUAUGCAUCUACAUAUAUUUACACGCCGUAUGUAUACGUAUAUAUAGAUACAGCUAUGAGUAGGAGGCGCGUGCGCGAGUUAAGUAGCGCGUGGCUAACGAAUUAAUUUAAUAAAAUGUUCACACUGUCAACAUUGCCAAGCACGUAUUCAGUCAUUCAUUUCCUCGCUUUCCCACAUGCGAAUCGCCUCCAUCACCCUGAAUAACUUAUCAUCCUUGCACGAGCCAACUUAUCUCGUCUCGCUCUUCCGAGCGUCGAAAAGCGCAGUUUCUAUAAUAUAAUCCGCCACACGUAGACACACACACGCGGUGCUUGGAGUCAAAUGCUCGCGGAGUAUCCGCUUGAACGGAUCGACGCUAGAAAUCUCGAUUCAUCUCGCACGCGCAGUUUCACUCGCGUUUUACCACCAAGUGUAAAAAUGGAAAGUCGUCUACUAGUAGACUGUAUGUAUAGAUCUCCUUUCGCCGGUACGCGCGCGAGUCCGCAAUGCGUAAUUGCAGCCGCUGCGACCGUGACCUUGGCACUGCUAAUGAGAGCAAGUAGUGCGCGAGAGAUACCGAUUUAUCGAGUUCUCCGCGUAGUACGUGAUCGGAGAUAGCCGAUGACGGUCGUUGCACUCGCUAGCUUGGACUUUUAUACUACUUUUCUCGAGCCUCUAUUAUGGUUGUAAAUUGUUUUUGAUUUACGACGGCUCGCUGUGCAGUGCUGAGUUAUUCAAUGCGAUAAAUACGAGCUGCUCAAUAACGCCUUUCUCUCGUCGACUCUCGCCUACAAAUUUUAUACCCGUUGUUGGGCUCGCGUUGAUUGGAAAUUCUUAUUCAUAGAUGACCGCCGCGAUCGUGGGAAAAUUGAGUAACGGUGUCAUCGAGUGAACACUUUCAAACGAGUGUAAACCUUUUUCAUAUGCGCUCGACGAUCAUUUUUCAGCUGGCGAUAACAAAAACGACAAUACGGCUCAUCUUCCGGGAACAGCCGUAAACCCCCCCCGAAAAGCAAAAGUUUCUCCUAUAAGCGCACGCGCGCGUAAACGAAAGUCCCUGGGAAAAUAGAAAAAAAGCGCACGAGCUCCUCCUAAAAAGUGAAUUUUGUUCUCUACUUACGAAACGCCGGCGUGUAAUUGCCCGCGUUUCUCAGGGGCCAUUAGUCUGUAGCGAAGUGUCAUUUUUUUUUUCUCGUCAAAGAUCUCCGCAGCGGCUUUCCCCGCGCGUUUAUUAUCUAUACGUGCGCAGCGCCGAGCGCGUGCGUAUAGUGGACGUGAACUUGAAUCAGGUUGAGCCGCGAGUUGCUGUGCAGCAGAGCAGCGGGCAUAUCCCUACUCUUUUAUGGUCUUUCUCCGCAGCGGCGGCCAAUGUCCCGUACGCCGCGCGGAGUUUGAACAGGAGUAGGAUACGGCCUUCGGGAGAGGGAGAGAUGCUCGAGCUACGGGGGUAUAAAAUGGUAAUGCGCGAUAUUUGGAGGUCAGUCGGUGUUGGGAUAUAUUGCCGGCAGUUUGGAGCAGCGAGUUGUUGAGUUUUUCUCCAAAGUUCUGGAUGACAGUGUAGAGUGAAGGUGUAUUUUUUGGCAGUGAACGAGAGAGAAGUUUACUGGUAUACCGUCGUCAUGUUGCCUGUGAGUUUUUGCUCGUUUUUUAAUUGAGUUAUCGGACGCGCCGAGUGAAUUUGAAUAUCUUGAGUAGAUCGAGUCACGCUCGGUGGGACGCGAGAAAUACAGUUUUUUUUUAGAUCUGAGUUAAGGCGCUUUGGUAAUUAAGACCGGAAAGCCGAAGUAGUAACGUUUUCGCACUAUUUUUUCAAACUAUAAAUGACUCAAUUCAUAAAAUGAAAUUCUAUAAUUUUAGUAUUGAUUUAAAUAUUAUACUAACAUGCGUAACUCAUUGGUGCAUGAAAUGUUUCCAGAUCACUUUCGCGGCCCUUUGCGUGGCCGUAAUAUCAGCCGAGUCUUCAUCAGUCAGCAGUUACUCCGCGAGUCCGAGUAACGCGCGAGACUACGAGUACAGCGGAGCGAGCUAUCACGCCGGCGGUAACAAUAAGCCAGCGCAGUAUGCCGCCGAGGCUUACAUCACCACCGGAGGCGGCUCGGCCUAUGCCAAGAGCGACUCGCGCUACUCCGUCGAGUCGUCCAGCAGCGACAGUAACGAUCCACGGGCCAGUGCAACAAGCAGCUUCUACAAGACCAAGUACGGCAACGAAGCGGUGAUCAACUCGCUGCGCCCGACGGCCUUCCACGCGUCCUCCUCUUCCUCGUCCAAUUCCCCGUCGUCCUCGUCGUCCUCGUCCUCCGGCUCCUCCGACCAGUUGAACCCGAGCCACUACGGCAGUUCGGACUACAGCUCCGGAUCCUCUCGCCCCUCGUCCUCCUCCUCGUCCUCGGGUCAGUCCCAGUACGAGGGCGCCUCGAGCUCGGCCGCAGCCGCCGACUACACCGCCAUGGCCUACGGCGAGCGCAGUCCAUCGGAGCACCAUCACCCGCACCACCACUCCCACAUCUCGGGUCCGGUUUACAGCAGUGCCGCUGCCGCCGAGCUGGCCGCCGGAGUCUCGACCGGACCGAGCGGACCGACGGUCUACACCAGGGAGUACUCCGGCAGCUCCGGGCUCGGCGAGUACGCCCACCAGGGCAGACCCACGAGCUACAGCCACGGAGGCCCGUCAUCCCUCUCCGCGAGCGAGUACCCGUCCCCCCAGCACGCUCACCCCCAGUACCACCACCAUCACCACCAGCCCCAGCACGCGGCCUACACGAGCGACGAGUACCCGUCCCAGCCGAUGCACUCGGCCCCUGCUCACCCCUACAAGAGCUACGUGAUGAGCAGCCCCUCCUCCUACCCUCCCAAGUACCAGUCGGUCUUCGGCGCCCUGAAGAGCUUCUUUGGCGGCGGUUCCGACGCGGCGCCCAGCGCCACCCACGCGUCCUCCUACCCGUCAGGCCCCAGCUACUACUCCUCGCCCAGCAUGAUGCACGCUGCCGCUGCUCACCAUCACCCGGCGCCUAGCCCCUACUCCGGGAUGCCGUCGUCCGCGGCAAUGAGCUCCGGCGGACCCGGUUACUACUUCGGACCUGGACCCUCCGCGUCCAACUCGAUCUACUCCAAGAGCUAUCCAUCGAUGCGCUUCGUCUCGGGCUACGGUAGCGGUGCAGGUGUCGGUAGCAGCCCCGGCAGCAAGAUCAUCGUCGUCAGGGACAGCUCGGGUGCCCUUCACGGUCCGGGGUAUCCGUCCACGAGUGCUCUCAUCGGCUCACCCUCGAGCUACAUGACCAAGAGCAAACUUUCGGCGUUCGCCCCAGCCGGACCAGGACACGCUUACAUCUCGUCCGUAUCGCCGAGCUCUCUGCAGGCCUACGCCAGCGGACCUCCCAGCAGCUCGUAUCCCGGCUACUCGAGCAGCCCCAGUUUUUCAUCGAGCGGACACGGCGGCAGUACCUUCCUUGGCUACUCGGCAUAAAAACUUAUACAGUCUAGUUUUGUGUGGAAAUAUUUGAAUGAGAAAUGCACCGCGGCGCAUUUUCAACUGCUGAGUAUUUUUAUCUGUAAAUUAUUGACGUUAUCACAUUGUAGUCGAUUGUCUCUACGCAUUUGAAAACAAAUUAUUUUUAUCGUUCGAAGGCGUACAAUACGAGUGCACGCGGUAUUUGUUGUGUUCUAAUAAUUAUUAACGCUAUCGAUCGAAUGAGUUAUAAUUUAUACGAUAUCGCAACGCUGACGAAACUGGAGUCGAGAUAGUUAUGGCAGAGGUACGAGUAAACUUCUAGAGACUUUCAACCGUGUCCUACAUGUUUGUUCAGUUUAAACUAUUUUGAAAAUUUUAACACGAAAGCAUGAAAAUCGUUACGAUUCAUGGAUUUAUACAAUAAGGCUAAGAGUUAAAACUGAAAAGUACCUGACUACCGGGAAAGAGAAAUUUUCCAAAUGAGGGCCGAUGAAAAAUCCAAGAUACACACUUAAAUUCAUCUUAUGAAUUAUGAUGUUUACCGUUCAUCGGUAACGCAAACAAAAUAAUGAGAUACAAAUCAAUGUCAUUGUACAAUCCGUGGUGUUUUAUUCAAGUUUGUAAGAAAAUCGACAUUUUAUAUAUUAUAUAUCUUAAUGUUUAACGACGAGAGCGAAUGUUAUCUUAUAUAAACGUGUGCUGCGGUUGCGAUUGUGAAUAUUUAUUAAACUGUACUCGUAAUGCGUAUGUAAAUGUAACUAUGUACUUCUAUAGGAGCUUAGUUUUGUACUGACUUUGUUAAUAAAAAAAAAUUGUUGCGUUUACAGAAAA